AACACGUGCUUGACUAAAUAUAUAUACAGUAUAAACAGGUAGAAGUUGCUAGCAUUUUAUAGACAAAUCUUUACUUUCUUUUCGUAAAUGGUAUAAAUUUUCGUAUUAAAUUUAUAUAUAGAUAAAUAUCGUGAGAUAGUACGGUGGGAAUCGCUAAAUACUGUCGCCACGUGGAGUUUUUCAUAUAUUCUUCAAGUUUUUAACACCUAAAUAGGUGUUACUUUCCCAUAGAAAGCCCCUCUUGAAGUGUACUUAGAAAAGAGAUCAUGCAUUACUAAAAAUUAACAUUUAGAGUGAAAAACCAGAUUGUAUUUCCUGAAAGACCUACAAAAAAAGUUGAAGGAGAAGGCAAAAAUAAGCGAAGAAACAAUAAAAAUUGAAUUAUUUUCAAUUAUUUAAUGAAGCAACAAUUGAUCGAAAUAAGUAACAAAAUACUAUUAUUGUUUCUGGACAUUAAAUGAAUUUAAUAACUCGAUAUUCUCUUACAUCACUUCUAUUUACUUCAAAUGUAUUAAUAUUAUUAUUUGCUUUGUGUUUUUUAAUGUGUGGACUUUAUACAGAACUCGUCUUUGAUUUUUCUUCUACGUUUAUUAACAGAUUUUACGAUUUCAAAUUACUUUCAUUGCUGUUUUCUUGGAUUGGUAUCUUACUAAUAAUUGUUUUUAUGUACGGUUUAAUUGUUUUUAUAAUGUCUACAAGAAACGACGAUUUACAUUAUAAAAAAGUAGCUAAAGAAAAGCGUAUACAAGCUGAAAGAUUCCUUUUCUCUUAUAUUUUUGUGGAAUUGACUGUUUUUUUAUUCUUACCUGGAGGGGUUAUAUAUUGUUUUAAUGAUAUAAAUUUAGUAGAAAGUCGAUUUGAAGCGGCUCUUCGAUACGGUAUGAAAUAUUACAAGAAAGAUAGAAAUCUAAAAUUUCAAAUCCAAUACAUUCAAAGGAUUUAUGAUUGUUGUGGUUCUAAAGACUUUACUGGUUGGUUUCGUGUUUCGUGGAUGUCCUCGAAGUAUGUCGAUACUGAUAGACCCAAUACGAGUAAAGCAUUAUUCAAGAAUAGCGAUUAUUACUUGGAUGAUGUUCCAAUAUCUUGUUGCAAUAUAUAUUCUAAGAAGCCGUGUUUUAAUCAAUUCAUAAAUACGGAAAUUGCACAAAAUUAUUCGUUGGUUAUUAAUCAAAUUGGAUGCAAAGAAGUUCUAACGAAGUAUUACUUUAAUACUGUAUUAAAAUUAGCGCUAAUAUUCAUUGCCGUGGAAUUAUUAACUUUAGUUCAAGUCAUUAUAAGUUAUCAACUGUACUAUUAUUUUAAAUUGCUACUGGAUAAGAAAUCGGAGAAGACUUGUAGAAUAAUAUUAAUUAAUUAAAGAAAUUCAUAACAGAG